ACAUAGAGGCAAGCAAGUAAUUCACGAGAUACAAAUCGGAGUUGUCCGUAUAUUAUAUUUUGUAGCGAUCAAGAGAGACUAAGGCAGACAUGUGAGAGGGGAGAGUAUCCUAUAAACAAUUUUAAUCUAAGAUCUCUGCUUUCUCCCUCUCAUAUAUAUAUAUUUACACAUAGUUCCUCUAUAUAUUUACAAACGAUCGAUAUCGAGAAAGCUCUAUACGAAAGAAGAUGCUAAUGAAAGCUUAGAAGAAGAAUGGUUUCGAGAGAACAGAAGAGAGGUUCUUUGCAAGAGAAGUUUCAGUUGCUUCGUUCGAUCACUAAUUCCCAUGCUGAAAACGAUACAUCGAUCAUAAUGGAUGCAUCAAAAUAUAUCCAAACGCUUAAGCAGAAAGUCGAAAGAUUCAACGAAGGCCCUACUGCAGAGCAAUCUUCAAGCGAGCCCACGGAUCCAACGACACCAAUGGUAACAGUGGAAACCCUAGAAAAAGGUUUUAUGAUAAAUAUACUCUCAGGGAAGAAUCAGCCAGGGAUGCUUGUUUCGGUAUUAGAAGCCUUUGAGGAUAUUGGGCUUAACGUUCUUGAAGCUAGGGUUUCAUGUACCGACUCCUUUAGCUUGCAUGCCAUGGGAGUCGAGAAUGAAGAAGGAGAAAAUAUGGAUGCUGAAGCAGUGAAACAGGCAGUGACAGAUGCAAUGAGGAGCUGGCUGGGGUGAAAGCAAUGAUCCACAGAUCUAGAUUGACCCACUUUUUUUUUUUACCUUUAUUUAUUUCUUAUUAUACAAAAUAUAAUAACACAACUUCUAUAGUAUUUCUGCUUCUUCUUUUUCUUUCAUUUUUUUCUUUCUUUUAUGUCCAUCUUGUAGCCCUAAAAAGGGUUAGUGAAGAAAAAUCAAUGGUAUGUUUCUGUAUAUUUCACAUAUAUAUGCAAUUGAAAAUAGUACGUA